AUGCUUACCAAAGACAAGGAGAUAAUAACUACUGAGAAUGCUACACCCACGGUCGAUGUAUCAAAGCUCAAGAGAUAUCAGCAUCAGCUAGAAAUGAAGCUGCAAAUCGUUACUCCUGCUAUUGAAGUCGCGGAAUUGAUGGCUGUGAAAGGAAAUGCGAUUCUCGAACCACUCGUUGCUCAAUCAAAGGAAAUAAUAACCACCCUUGAGAAAAUGGACUUGGAAGGAAUGGAUCAAAUUACAGCCUGCUCCUUCUUCGAAUCAAUCAUAGAAGAUCUCAAUGACCUCGUAAAUAUGCUAAAUUUGGCAUUUGCCGUCAUCCACACUACAUCCACAAGAGCAACCAUAGCCAUAUCGCCAAGCACCCUCAUUCGAGCUGGCCAAACGAUAUCAAAAGCUCAAGCGGUGGAUACGUCAUCACUUGUAUCGAUCUUCCUGGCCUCCAAAAUGGUGUACUACUCUCUGCUCGAAGGAUCAGUACGAAAGUCUGGAUAUAAUUGGACGUGGAAGGAAGAAUUCGCUCUUAGUGAUGUAGAGCUAGUCCACGCUGAAUCCAAUCAGUUUCCUUAUGAACUCCGACUUCGGGAGUCAUUCGACGACGGCCGAUAUCAUGAAGGGUCUGAACGAUCGAAAUCGAUUCCGCUGAAUAAUGUUGAAUCGCUGUUCUUUGCACCAUCUGGACAGCUCUUGAAUAUUGAGGCCAUGUCUUCUCCAGUACUAGUAGUAAAGCUUGCAGGAGAAGACGGCCGUCUACAGAAAGUCUUGGGAACGCCGAGCCCAAAGGCCCCGAUAGAAUGGAUUGCUAUAGGACUUGCCGAUGAAUCAGUGACUGCAGAAUCCGAUUCUGAGGAUUCAAUCAAAGACGAUGACGAAAAUGAAGUCGUUGCUACCAACAAAACUAUGGGGCACAUCGACUGUGUUCUCAGACUCGCUCUAGCGGAAACUCGUGAAGGAAAACCAGUUUCUGAGCUGAGCGACGAGAUCUUAAAUCUGUAUCUCUGUGGAGAGAACUCUGCAACCACACCCGCUGCUCCUCUUCAUUAUUCCAAGCCAAAGACGCCAACUUUAGCAUUGACGACGGCUUCCUCUCCAGCUGUUCGUAGUAUGGCUGACCGCAUGGCAUCAUUAAAACCAAAGUAA